AUGUUUGCGAAUAAAAUCUGUAUAAAAUACAAACCAUCAAAUCCAGAAGCAUCAAUCGCUAAGUUAACUGAAGAAAUUCAUAUCAAAAAUCAAAAGAUAAAAGAGCUUGAAGAUAUUAAUUCAAAAUUAAAAAGUAUCAAUAAAAAAAUGAAAUCGAAUAUUAUUGCUAGACAAGUACUCGAUAGAGAUAUGGAUAAGAUUAUUGAAAUAUAA